ACAGCAUCUUGGCUGACCCUCUCUCUCUAGAUAACUGAAUUCAGCCGACCAAACAGGAUCGACCUUUCUUUUUCUCUCUCAGGCUUCCAGCCACAGACACAUAUUCAGCUAAGAGGGAUGUCACAGCUGAAAGAAAAUCAGUCGUCUUCGGUGUGCAUGAAAAACCAGCAGAGCGCGACCAUUCUUCGGGUUUACGCACGCUGCAUUUACUUCUUUGGCGCUUCCGGAUGCGAAUUGGUCCCAUUCUUGGAUUGUUAAUCGUUGUAAUUUGCCAUCUGUUUCUUGUAAUAAUGAUUCCUAGUCCGGUUAUAAGUUCUUCCUCCACCCCUUUUUCUGUGAAGGACAUUCUGAAGUUAGAGCUCCAACAACAAUCUCAGCAGCAGCAGCUCCAGCUGAUCUCCUGCUUCGGUCUCUCUGGUGCGCUCUCGCAGCCUGGAGCUUUAUCAAAUAAAUCGUUCCGCUCUCAUUCGCCGCCGUCCUGCAUGCUAGCAGGCAGAGACACUCCAAGUCCCAUCAGUUCCUGCCUGUCGGAGAGCGAGGAGAGGAUGGCGUACCUCAAUACACUGAAUGCGCAGGACCGGCUGACGGAUUCCGGUAUGCAGGUGGAGGUAUUCCGUAAUAUCGGGCAGACCCACUCUGCAGACCUCCGGCCGGAGAUAGAGCAGGACAAGCAUGACAGCAAUAGCUGCGGUGUCAUGCCGGGUGAGUGUGAGGAUCCAGACUCGGAGAAGCCAGCCACCAAGCAGCAGAGGACCAGGCGGAAACCCCGCGUCCUCUUCUCCCAGGCUCAGGUGUUUGAGUUGGAGAGGCGCUUCAAGCAGCAGCGUUACUUGUCCGCCCCGGAGAGAGAGCACUUGGCCAGCUCCCUGAAACUCACCUCCACCCAGGUCAAGAUCUGGUUCCAGAACAGGAGGUACAAAUGCAAGAGGCAGCGGCAGGACAAGACUCUGGAGAUCGCAGGUCAUCAUCACCAUCACCACCCACCACCGCCGCCAAGGAGGGUGGCUGUGCCGGUUCUCGUCCGAGAUGGGAGGCCUUGUCUCGCUGGAUCUCAGAACUAUAACCCCCCUUACACUGUCGGAGCUCCCAACGCGUACAGCUACAACGGCUAUCCAGCCUACAGCUAUAACAACACAGUGUAUACUAACACUUACUCUUGUACUUAUUCUAGUUUCCCUUCUCUCCCGCCCAGCAACGCCUCCGCUAAUGCUUUCAUGAACGUGAAUUUGGGAAACAUUAGCGCACAGACGCAAAGCCAGACUCCCCAGGGACCAACUGUCACAUCCUGCCAAGGAGCUCUGCAGGGCAUCCGGGCAUGGUAGCGCCGUCUUUGGGCACAACAAAAAACCUGUCUGGAUGGAUAGACUCGUGCAUGAAACCCUCUUCAACUAAUGCCGUGAAACCACAAUUUAAAAUUCCAUAAAACAUUACGGAAAGUAGGAGUCAGUUGGUUCUUACUCCACAGGCAUAUGAAGAAAAACUGACUGAAAUAAAGGACAUCUAUUAUGGACCCUUUUUUUCCCGUCUGAGCCACAGUGUUUAAAAAAACCUAUUGAAGCUGUUGCGUUAUGAUUAAAAUAAAUGUUGCAGAUUAGCUAAAACUAUGCUUAGUGGUUCAAAAUUGAUAUAUAUUGUGCUUAAGAGAAUAAAGGGAAAUUGUAAAGCUGUUUUCGUUUACGCAGAGGCAUGGAUUUUAUGAAUAAGAUGCAGCCUUUGGAUCCACAAAGUUGCAAGAAAGUAACGUGAUCUUAAGUAUCGUACAAUUCAGUAUUAUUCUUAUUAAGCCUUUCCCCCUCUUUUUUUUAUUUGUGUGACUUGGGUUUGACCUUUACGCUUUGUUUUUAAUUCUAAAACUAAGUGGGUGACACUGAAAGCCAAUGACCUGAUAAAAGGGCGUUCUAAUAAGGCUGUUUCUGGGCUCAAGUUAAAACCACAUAACGAUGCAAAUUAUCAGUGAUGGUGAAAUUAAAGUUUAUAAUAACCAUCAUGG